AUGCAUUUGAACGAAAGUGUGUUUAGACUACUCAAAUUCACGCCGUCUUCUUGCAAUACUUGGCACGAUUUGCGGGCACGCACUAAAAUCAAAGAAGCGAAACAACGUAACUAUGAAAGGGGUACAGGUGGGGGGCCUCCCAAAGACAAAACGUUUGACAAUGUGGAGAAAAUUGUCCUUAAUGUGAUAAAAACGGUAUCUAUUGAGGGUCAUGCAGUGCCAGAAUCACGCGUAGAGUUUGAUUUUCAGGACCCAGAAAUAGAGGGUGAAACUGUUAUAGUUGAACAAGUGGAUAAUGGACUUGCACCAAUGAUGUUUAUGGUUAAGGUGGCUGAUCCCCACCACGCAGAACAGCCACAAGUGAUAAUGGUUGGUGCUAAUGAUGCUGAGGAUAAGAAUGAAUCUAACGCAGCUCAAGACACAGAAGUGGAAAAGGCACCAAAAAUAGAUGUGAAGUCUAUGGCGACUACUGCUAAUCCAACCCCUCCACGGAAGUUACAACAGGAAACAACAACAGCACGCCUAGCGGGUGCUCGGAGCAAGGGGUAUUUGCAGAACCUGAGCAGUGUCACCAAUUCAGCUUCGGCUGCAGCCGCAUAUCAGUCCAAUCUUGAGGACAAGUUGAAAAUGAAAUCAAAAUAUUAUGAUGAAAAGCUGUGUAAUAAAAUAAUCGUGCAAAAAAAUAUUUAUAAAAAAAAUAAACAGGUUUUGCAGCGCUCUGGAAAUUAG